CCAUCGAUGCUUAUGCUAGGGCGGCAAAUACAAACACGUUUGGAUUUACUUUUGCCGCAAAAUGGUCAAGCGGAAUUCGGUAAGACACUACCAACAAAGAGGAUUGACAUAGGGGAAAGAGUAGCAGUACGCGAUUACCUGUCAAAGCCCAAAUGGAAAUUUGGAGUAGUUGAGGCAAAUAAAGGCGAUUUGCAUUAUAGUGUCAGACGUCGAAAAUGGACGAGACAUAUCGACCAAAUGCGAAGAUCAAGAGUAUCAAUCGACGAUACGCCGGAAGAUUCUUCUAAAGCAACAGGAAUGCUAGCGGGAGGUCCAGUUAGCGAACAAAUGGGAAGAGCUCAGAAUCAUUCAUUAUCGUCACAUCAGACUCCAGAUGCGGUCACAAAUCACUCAUCGCAAUCAUCAUCUCAACCACAUCAACCUGUCGAGGCACCACCUGAAGAAACACUUC